AUGGCUUCGGCAAGGCCUGGCGUUACAAUCCUACAAAGCCUGCUCGUCUUAACCUUGACCAACGCCAUCCAAGCGAAUGACUAUCAAACAAGAGCUCUCAACGCGCUCGCCAGCGAGAUGGCCCGCUGCUUAGGACUGCAUGUGCUUAGCAGCGCCAGUGUGAUCUUCGACAGUGGCCGCCGUUUCAGCAGUGAAUCGCUUUGCCGAUUGUUCUGGGCUCACACAUACCUGGAUCGUGUGGUUUCCGCCAUGACGGGCCAACUACCAGGAGUACAGUGGCGACAUGUACAAACUCCAGGUAAUCGCAUCAACAACCAAGACUUACAGUUCACAUACUUCAUCACUGUCUGCAUUCUGUGGCGAACAUUCGACACAACCAUCGACGAAGUCUACACCCCCACCUUCGACAACCUAUCUGCAUCCGCUAAAAGAGACCUGCACGUCCGCUGUCAGGCUCAACUACGGGCAUUCUACACCAACGACAUUCCUCGAGUGCUGAUCCCGUCCUCUUCCUCCUUAAAGGAUGCUGCCCCAGAAGUCUUGUACUUCCACAUCGCCUACCACACCGCAACGCUCCUCAUGAACAGGCCGUUCCUCAUCGAGACAGGAACCGGCGCCAACUCCAGCGUCAUGUCUUCCAUCAAACAAUCCACAUUCACCAUUUGCAAGGCCAUCCAACUCAUCCACAAACGCUCUACAUGGUCCGAAGUUCCGGCCGCCCUCUUAUUCCACAUCGUCCGCGUCUGCGCCGUCUUGCUACUACUCGCCACAUCGAGCUCAACGAGCUCUCAGCGCCAAGCAGCGGCGAAUCUAAAGAUUUGUUUGCGAGCUCUAGAAGCCUGUUGUGAGGUCUGGCCCACAUUGGCUCGCCGCUCAAUCAAUGCCGUCCGAAUUCUCGCGGAGAGAUGGCGUGUUACCGGCGUGGGGACCCUUGCUGGUAUGGACAUGACACUGAAGCUGAUAUGGCAUUGGAAAGGACUUUUGAGAGUUGCACGGCGAGGUAGUCGGACAGAGCAUUUCCGGAGACUUCACCACGGACGCCAAGCUCUCAAGCAAUGCUAUGCAUGA